UCCAGCCAUUUUGCAUGUCACUCAUGUGUAUCUCGUCGAAGACUUUGUGCCGCAGUUUGUAUCGAACUCUGAAAUUUUCGAUUUGACUAGUUUUUCUUGCAUUAGAUUGACAUUACAGGGGCAUAAACUUGCUUUUUAAUUUGCUGCUAAUCAAGCCUGUAUAAUCAUGGCUUCUAAAGCUGCUAAAAAGGUGAAUGAUGUGGAAAUGAAGGACGAAUCUGAGAAGCCAGAAGCGACUGACGAGAAAACUGCAACUGGAAAGAAAGAGAGUGAUUUGAUCACUUUAGAAGAUUUCAAGGAGCAUGUGAAGCAUAUUGAAAAAGCAGUCUCUUCCAAGGAGAAGAACUACAUGGCCAGAGUUAUCAGAGCCCUCACAUCCUCAAGGCGCAAAUUGAACCACACUGUGUUACGCAAGCUUAUCAGCGGAUACAUUCCCAAUGGAAAUACAAGCAAGGCAAUCCUGCUGACUUAUCUUGAUGAGCCCAUGGACACAGAGAACAAUAUCCUGUUCCGACCCAGAACUGGUAAAGCAGCACAUGCUCCUCUCCUUCCAGAGCUUGACGUCUAUCUUCAUCUUCUUGUCGUUGUUCACCUAUUAGAUUCAAAGAGAUAUAGUGAGGCUGUCAAGUGUUCGGAUGUGCUUGUCAAAAAAUUAGAUGCUCAGAACAGGCGCUCAUUAGAUCAGCUGUCUGCAAAGGCGUACUUCUAUCAUUCAAGGGCCUAUGAGCUGAUCGGCAAACUUGACCAAAUUAGAAGUUUUUUACAUGCCAAGCUGAGGACUGCAACACUGAGGCACAAUGCUGAAGCACAAGCCACACUCCAGAACCUUUUGUUGCGAAACUACCUCCACUACAACUUGUACGACCAGGCAGAUAAGCUUGUUGCAAAGUCAACCUUUCCUGAGCAGGCAUCAAAUCAUGAAUGGGCAAGGUUUCUAUACUACUUAGGAAGAAUCAAGGCAAUCCAGUUGGAGUAUUCAGAAGCACAUAAGAACCUUAUCCAAGCUCUCCGCAAAGCACCACAGUACACAGCUGUAGGAUUCAAGCAAACUGUUCACAAACUAGCCAUUGUUGUUCAGCUCUUACUGGGAGAGAUUCCUGAUAGGAGUAUCUUCAGGCAGAGUGCUUACAAGAAAACACUGGUACCAUACUUCCAGCUAACUCAAGCUGUAAGAAGCGGUAACCUUGGUCUUUUCAACCAGAUGUUGAAGGACUUUGCUGCAAAGUUUCAGUCUGAGUUCACCUACACGUUAAUCAUUCGACUUCAUCACAAUGUGAUCAAGACCGGUGUGCGUAUGAUCAGUCUCUCCUACUCAAAGAUCUCCCUCUCAGAUGUGGCUAAAAAGCUUCAGCUUGACAGUCCAGAGGAUGCAGAGUUCAUUGUAGCCAAGGCAAUCAGGGAUGGCGUGAUAGAGGCUAGUAUAGACCAUGAGAAGGGCUAUGUACAGUCCAAAGAGACAGUUGAUGUCUACACCACCAGGGAACCUAUGACUGCCUUCCACCAACGAAUCAGCUUCUGCCUCGAUAUUCAUAAUCAGUCAGUCAAGGCAAUGAGGUUUCCUCCCAAGUCAUAUAACAAGGAUCUUGAAUCGGCCGAGGUGAGUAUGAUAGGAGAGAACGAGAGCAACAGGAUUUUGAACUAGCAAAGGAGAUGGCUGAAGAUGACGAGGAAACAUUCUAGUUCAUGGAUUUAUAUCACUAGAAGGAAAAGAAAGACUCUUAUAUUGUACUACUAGUGACAGGAAAGCAAAUCGAUGCUGCUGCGUGGUGGACAUUGAUAAAGCAAGGCCAUUACAUUUCUAGUAGACGUUUUGAAACUCAAAUCCCCCUUCUACAUGUUAUGUUGGCAGAUGCUUGAUAUAACACAAUGAAAAUGAUCCUGUCAUCAUUAGUAAGAACCUAUUACACAAUGGUAUGGCAUUAUCUCUUUCCCCUUCUUGUCCUGGACUAUUGGAAAAGAUUAAUAGUCUGAUAUAAUUUGUAUUUCAAUAAACAUGCCAAUAACUAAUUAUUGGGCUGGCAGUUGCCUUCUCAAUAAAUAUGUUUUUGUAGAAAGAGGAUUGCAUAAUCUAUUUCUCAUCUAGUUUCAUAUUCAUAAUAGUUUUAAUUUGUGGUUUGUCACAAGUAUAUUUGUUUUCUGGAAAGUUCAAACCUGCACGCCAAGUCAACCUGUUUCUUAGUUGCAAUCUGUUAAGCCACAUCAGGAAAAACAAUUAUAACUAAUACCGACCAUUAAUACCAUGACCGUAAAGACAAUUAUAAUGGAAUGUACAUAAAAUCCAUUAAUACAAUGACCGGAAAGUUUCAAGUCAUCAUCCUUAAUCAUCCUUUUUUUUGCACUGGUUUUCUUUCAUUGCUUGUGAAGCACACAACAAGUCAGAAUUAUCAUCUUCAUGGGGCAUAUUGCAUUAUUAAAAUAAAUGGCUAUUUCUGGUAUCAAUUUCAUAUACUAAACUGUUGACAAAUGUCCCAUUAAUUACCAUUCAGGUAAACUUUAUCCUGUGUGUAAUAUUUAUUUGUUGAAUGGACAUGCACUCAGUAUUCAACAGUGCUAACAUAUAUGUUUUGUCAUGUCUUGUGCAAACUAAAAGUAACAUUUCAUUACUGUGAAUGGCCAGAAAUCAGUCGAUUUUGGAUUCAAGAGUCAGUCAUACAGUGUGACUGAGGUAUUGAGAUUCUCAAGUAGAGUUUGCAUAUACUUUUUUCUAGAAAGGAACUGUUAUUUGGUACUACUGACUCAUAAUCAGCUCUACAUGCUAUGCACCAACACUUUUUCAUCCCUUCCAAUAGCAUGAAUUUGAUUUCGUUAAGAUACGAGAUGAAUUCAAGUUCAUCUUCCAGAUUAACAAGGGAAAGAGCACUUGUGCAUUUCAUCCUAUGCCACCUUUCUUCUUAGAGGAUAAUAUUUAUGAGAACAUAUAUUUGAGGUGCUUUACAAGAAGUUGAUACAAUUUCCAGCAUGAGAGUCACAAGAUCAUACAAGGAUUUUCUAGUGCUGAUAUAACUCCACAGUAAUUUCUCAUUUUCUUGCAAAUGCUUUUCCCCCAAAUAACUAAGCUAAACUGUAAGAUGUAUGAUGUUGUGAAUUCAUUUAACUUAGCCCACAACUGUUACCAUGUCCGCGUACCACUUCCAAUUCUUGCUGUGCCAAUGUAUCAGACAGACUUGAUUUCAGGUUAAAAGUUGAUUAUUUAUUGAUCUUGCAAGCAAUCAUUAAUUCAUUACAUCUCCAUUUUUUACAUGAAUCAAGCAAUCCAAGAGUCUAGUUACCUUGAGAUCACCGCACACUAUACGAUCUGACUACGAUCCAAUUUUUGAAGAAAUGGCAAUUACGUUAGAUAUGGAAAUAUCUUCUUCACUAACAAUCAGUUUUUUAGUGCAUUUAAGAAUUCUAGUCUGAAUUAAAGCCUAUCGGCUUCAAAUAGUAAACAAUCACACUCAUAGUCUGACAUCACUUCGAUUCUGAGCCAAUUUAGCUUUUCCAUCUCUAAAGAAGCUUGAAAUCCCUUGAAAUUAAGAUUUCAUUCAGCAUAUGAUUAUUGAGAUCCUCUAUUAUUCAUAUUAUUAAUAUUUUUAAAGUUUGGAUGUUGAUAUGAAAUGCUAUUGCAAUUUCUUCAAUAUUGGAUUGUAUGGUGUGCAGUGGGCUUAAGAAACGCCAACCUAGACGGAAGGUUGAUCAUUUCUGCAAGACCCUUUCUCAUCUUUACAUGAACACCAGCAAACAGUUUAGUUACAGAAUGUAAAAGACUAAGAUAAUUUGUUGAAUGUUAUCCAACAGUUUGUGCAAAUGGGUAAAAAAACUGCAAAAUGUCCUACUUUUUAAGUAGAUUUCUUUAUGGCAUGCAAUGUCUCUGUAAACGGGUACACAUACAUUUGAAAAUAAACAUGGUUCAUAUUUCGUCAAAAGCAUGAAAAAUGCUAAGACUCAUGGCACAGCAAGAGGUAGAGAUUGGGAAAGGGAGAGCAUUAAAAUUGAGCAUGUUAAAUUAGCUUGAUGAAUAAAUGUAAUCAUAUUGAAGGGGGGAUUCAUAAAGCUAUGACCUGAUGUAAGAUUAAAAGUAUAAAUUGGAAUGCUUUGUUUCAAGUUGAAAUGUUCAUUAGAAAGAAUUUUUAAAAUCUAAAAAAUCACCUGAACUACAUUGGUAAUUACAUAUAUAGAUAAUUAAGAUAUAAACAAGGUAUCGUGCUGAGACAUAGGAGUACAUCCUAGAGUAGUGGAAGGUUCAAUGAUUGCUUGUAAGAAAAUGUGUAUGAAAGGUGAUUACAUAUCUACACGUUUUAUAUGUACUUCAUUUUCUCACAGGCGGCAUAUGUAAAAAUAUUUUGUAGAUGUGCAUUUACAUUGUUGAAUGGCAGACAAAUCUAGUAUUGGCCUCAAUGCAGUCCCCUUUGAGUUGGGAUGUAAGGGGCUAAAGCCCCACUGUUGCGUGUAGGUGUGUGAAUGAUUUGAUCAACUUACAACUAUGUUUUUUUUUGUAUUUCACAUGUAAUCAGACGUAUCUUGUUGAGCAUUAUCUGUUUGAAGGGAGAACUUGAUGCUAGAUGAUAUUUGACAUGGUGUAUUUAUUACUUGUGCUAACUUUAAAAAAAAAAACUCAUUUGAAACUCAUCAAAUGGAUAUACUUGAGAGAAAAUCUGGAACAGGACAUUUUGGACAAAAUAGUGAGGAUCAAUUAGUUACGGUAUCACCUCAUUCACUCACAAUGUUUAAUCACAGUUCAUACAAAAUACACCGAUUGCAUUUUCAAUUACCAAAGCUAUAAGAUCAUUCUCUCUGCUACACAUAUCUCUUUUUAAAUUUUCAUGAGGUUCUUCCUUCAAACAAAAUUGUUAAAUGAGAUACAUUUAUUGAAAUGUGAUAAUCUAAGUAAGUCUGAUAAUAUGUGAACAAGAUCUGUUUUGAAAUGUUAUUCUAACUAUGAAAAAUAUUCAUUGAAUAAAAAUGUAUUGAAAAGAG